AUGCGUUUCAACCAGUCUGGGACCCUAGUAGCCCAGAAUGUCAUACCAUCGUCUGCGUGCUUUGAGAACGCAGUGCAGCCCCUCAUCGAUGUCGAAAAUCAGACCCAAGGUACUCUUGGUGUCAUCGUCAUGUUGCGCUAUGCCUCUCCGGAUCCUGCAGCCCGCGCCGCUUCCGAGGAGACAGUGGGGUUGAUUUCCACGUGCUCAUCGGAAUUCACAGCUCGGGAUGACCUCUAUCGUAUCGCCAAGGCGGUAAAGGAUAGGAAUGAGGAUCUUGGACCCGAGCCUUCCAAAUACAUGGAGAUUCUCCUCACUGAUUUCACGAGAUGCGGCCAUGGCCGGCUUGAUGUUGACCAGGUCAAAGAGUACCUGGACAGGAGGAAUGAAAUUGAUAGUCUGCGCCGCGAUUUCAAGCGAAAUAUUCGAGAAUGCGACGAUGGCAUGUGGCUUUCUCCGGAGGAGUUGGACGGGGUGCCACAAGCAGAGAUCGAUCGUUUCAGUAUUGGAAAGGAGGGCCCGGAUCAAGGAAUGCUCUUCAUUCGGACCCAGAGCGCCGACCCGGACACAAUUGUGCGGCACGCGACGAGUCCCAGAACUCGCAGGAGAGUAUAUCUGGCGGAGAUGGGUGGUUUGGAGGAAAACGUUGAUCUGCUCAGAGACAUCAUCUUGAAGAGGGAUGACAAUGCUCGCCUUCUGGGAUACUCAAGCCACGCCGCGUUCAGGCUGGAACGGCGGGUGGCCAAAACCGUGGAAUGGGUCGACGAUUUCCUGAGCGACGUCGAAACGAACUUGCUCGGGCGCGGGGGGGGGGGGCCGAGAUGA